UUGUUCUCACGCUAACAUGCGAGAUCCGUAGACCGACUCAACUGCGCGGUCGCAUUCCGCCCCGACUUCCCCUCUGCCAGCGGCCUGGUGGUUUGAGAUGAGUAGAAGAUGUCGGUGUCGGGGCUGAAGGCCGAACUGAAGUUUUUGGAGUCAAUCUUUGACCCAAACCACGAACGAUUCAGAAUAAUAGACUGGAAACCCGAUGAACUCAGUUGCCAAUUCAACGUAACAGGAGAGAAGCUGCUGAUCAUCCACUGCAACAUCACGGAGUCCUAUCCCUCAACACCCCCAAUAUGGUUUGUUGACUCUGAUGAUCCUAGUCUGGCUGAAGUGUUGGAGCGCUUAGAGGAUGUGAGAAAAGGCAGCACAUUGCUUCUUCAGCAGCUGAAGAGGCUCAUUUGUGAUCUCUGUCGGCUUUACAACCUGCCACAACAUCCUGAUGUAGAAAUGCUUGAUCAGCCUCUACCUGCUGGUCCAAUUACCCAGGAGCGAAAGCAUGGACCAUCAGAUGAGGUGACAUCUGAAGAGGAGGAGGAGGAAGAAAUGGGAGAGCAGGACAUUGACCUGGACCAAGACCUGGACCAUUAUGACAUGAAAGAAGAAGAGCCAGUGGAUGGGAAAAAGUCAGAGGAUGAUGGGAUAGAGAAAGAAAAUUUGGCCAUAUUGGAGAAGAUUCGUAAAAACCAGAGACAGGAUCACUUGAAUGGUGCAGUCUCUGGCUCGGUGCAAGCCUCAGACCGCCUAAUGAAGGAACUCAGGGAGAUCUACAGAUCACAGAGUUACAAGACAGGUAUUUAUUCAGUCGAACUAGUCAAUGACAGCCUUUACGAAUGGCAUGUCAAGUUAAGGACGGUAGACCCAGAUAGUCCAUUACAUAGUGACUUGCAGGUCUUAAAAGAAAAGGAAGGAGUGGACUACAUUCUGCUCAAUUUCUCUUAUAAAGAUAAUUUUCCUUUUGACCCACCGUUUGUACGGGUUGUCUCACCUGUGCUGUCUGGAGGUUAUGUUCUAGGAGGAGGGGCCUUGUGCAUGGAACUUCUCACAAAGCAGGGCUGGAGCAGUGCCUAUUCCAUAGAAUCUGUCAUUAUGCAGAUAAAUGCAACUCUGGUGAAAGGAAAAGCCAGGGUGCAGUUCGGAGCCAAUAAGAACCAGUACAAUCUUGCCAGAGCACAACAGUCAUACAAAUCCCUUGUGCAGAUUCAUGAAAAGAACGGCUGGUACACACCACCUAAAGAGGAUGGAUAAGGAGCUUCUACCACUAUGCACAGGGAACAUGUCUUUGGGUCAAAGUAUCUUGUUUUCUUUGGAAUAUUUUUUCCCUGUCUGACUUAACUGGGAAUAUAUCAUCUUUCUCGCGGAAACCAUCUCGUUGGCUCAUCUGACAAGUAUUCCUUCGCCCCCUCGCCCCAGGAAAAAGACUUUAUUCUGGUGUCACUUUGCUUCUCCCCUCAGUGUUUUAGUGAGGAGGAUGAUGUGAGGGUAUCACUAGUCCUGUUUUCUAAAUAUGCUCAUUUGUCUUUUAAAAAAAACUUUUCUCCCUUUUAAAUGUGGGGAAAUGCUUUUUCUUUCGCUGCUUUGACAAACUGGGCUUCACAGUCAGUUACACCUCUUUAAAUGGGAAUUUUAAAAGAAGAUUGAUACUGAAGCUCUUGAAGUGGCACCUCACUGCACCUGUUUUUAUUGACUUAAGUUUUUUUUUUUUUUUUGGAAAUUAAGUGGUACAUAAAUGCAAAUAUUGUUUUAGAAAUAUUAUUUGGCUAUUGUUUUUAUUAUUUGAGCAUCCUAGACAAUAAAUGAGCCAAUUUUCAUAUUUUAGAAGCAUAUCUUUAAAUUGAGAUGACCUGGCUACCGCUUGGUAUCAUUUAGCUCUUACUUUUUAAAAGGUGUGAAGAAUAUUGGGCCGAGCAGAACCAAAAUGCUGCAGUCUUGACGAACUAAGCGUUAACUGUUGACAUUUAACAAAUCCACCAGUGGGUGAUAUUAAGACAGGGCCAAUGGAUUUGAAAUAUCUCAGAAUCUGCAUAUUAUAUUAUCUUGGAACGAGGAUACAUAGAUACAUAUUCACCAGGUGACGAUAAGAAGAGCAUUUUGGCAUCAUUUUGAAAGUUCUAACAGACCUAAUGUUGUUGCCUUAUUUCUGUUAACACACCGGCCCCCCAAGUGCUCAGUUUGGCUAUUCGGUCGUUCUCUUGGUUACCGCUGUAGAUGUUGAUGGCUAAGUUGUUGCUGAAAAUGAAGCCCCGUGUUUGCAGAGUUAACAGCAUGUUCUACCGGGGCCUCGUCUCAACUGCUGUUGUAUCUGAAUAUGAUAACAGCCCCUUUGUUUAGCAGAACUGUGCUGGGAUGGGCUAUACAGAGGGAGUAAAUGGAGGAUGUUGGGUUGUUUCGCAGCAAAUUUGUCAUGUUUUCCUGACGUACAUUGAUUGUAAUGUUUCGCCCCUGCCCAGUUAAGACAACAUUACUUGCAGCUAGAUUCAUCCCCUUCUCUGCUGCCUCAGUUUUCUAAGUCAGCAGCUAAACGUCCAUCAUUAGCAGGGCUUCCUUUGCCGCCACAGUAUACCACGGAUGUGUUUUGGUGUGUAACAAGAAGGAUCAUUUGUAGUGUGAUAAGAGCUGACCUGAAACUCUGUAUGAAAGUGUACAUUUUAACUUUGACCUUGCAAUAUACUGUAGUACACCAUCAGUACUGCUGUUCCCCAUACUACAGGACACACACACUGUAUCUAUCAAUCUGUUUGCUCUUUUGCAGUUUAUUUGUUAACACUGUCUGCAAAAGUACGUUUGAAUGGCAACUCAGGUAACAAACAAUCCUUAGGAAGGGGGAGUCUGUACAUGUACAUGUUGAGUUUUGGGUUAUUUUCUUGGAUUAAUUAACGCUCUGUUGCGCUGACAUUGGCUCACUCACAAACUGAUCUGAUGUCAAAAACAGAAAAAAUGAUCAGCUUUACAAUAAUAUGAGUCAUAUGUUUAAUUCAAACAAUGUUAGAGGAGGGACAUUUAGAUAAAGAUUACAGGACUACAGGAGCAUGGUGACCAGCCCAUGUAAUGGCUCAUCAUCAUACCCCCUGAAGUCAGCUUUUGCUUCAUUUUUUUAAAAGUACUGAAAUAGAUUUGAUUUCAGUGUGUGAUCUUUGAAUAUUCCUGAUUUUAAAAGUGUUUGCACAAACAGCAACAGUGCACAUAAAGAGGUCAGUUUUAAUAAUGAGCAUGUUCUGAGUUAAAUAUUUUCAAAUCAGGAAACUUUUUUUUUUUUCAUUUUCUCAGCACACUGCUCCACAUCCUGUUGUUGCAUAUCUGGUAUAUCUUAGGGGUGAGGAGUUAUCAGGCAUCAACAACAAGGAGUGCCUCUGUUGUUUGACAGCACAGAAAUGUUGCACCCAAAAAAAAUAUUUUUCAGUUUAACCUCCCCCGCAAAGCCUUUACCCACCUGUGUGAUUUCCUGCCUCCAAAAUGCCAAAACUCUGGUCAGGGGGAAUAUUGAGAGAUGAUAAGAGUUUGAUAGUCAUGCCGUGGUGAAUAGACUUGCACGCUUCUCUAACUGGACUGUGUGUUGAAAAGAUUCAUUUAUCUCAAAUUGUCAAUUCAUUUUCUGGCACCAACAAGCACAGAUGACGGAGUCUGGCACUGUUGGCUCGCUCUGGUUUUAUUUUUCAUUUUUCCAUUUGAAGAAAUUUUGACCAUGUACAGUAAUUUGUAAACUUGCAUCAAGUUUAUGAAUAAAGAAUUUUAAGAUUA